AUGGACAAGCUGAACGAACACGUUACAGAGGCUCACAUUGGAAGCGGGAAGGCUUGCUACAGCUGUCAUUGGCAAGGUUGCCACAGGCAGCAGAAGCCAUUCACAAAAAGACACAAGAUGUACAACCACCUGCGCACACAUACGGGAGAGCGACCUUUCAAGUGCCUUGUCCCAGGCUGCGAUAAGAAGUUUUCGAGGCCGGAUUCUUUGACGACACAUACGAAGACGCACUCUAAUAUCCGGCCAUACGUCUGCCCUGUGGAGGGAUGUCCCAAAGCAUACUACCAUGCGAGAUCGCUCAAAAAGCACGAACUGGCACAU